UGGGAUCGGGGCUGUUGAUAUCAAUAUGGCGGUUGUCAGCCAGACAAAGACAGUCAGUCUGAUGUGAUUGAGACAAGGGAGGUUUUCAGGGGGAGACUGGGAUAUAGGGGCCUCCCCUCCCCCUUUCCUCUUCCUGCGCCGGCCUCAAGCCCUCCCCAGCCCCUCCCGUUGGGCGCCCCGCGCGGAAGAUACCCCUCCCCCUCCCGCUUCCCUCCUCCCUACCUCAGCCCUUCGCAUUGGGACGCUGGGGAGGGGGCUGUGCCGGGCGGAGAGAACUCAGCAAGGAUUCUGAGACCAAUCUCCACCCCAAACUCCGGGCUGGAGGACUGUAGAGAUGGUGUGAUGUGGAGAUGGAUCUUUGCAUCCCGAAGUCGGCAGAUACAUGGGAAAGGAAAAGUGUUUCUUAAUAUUUUAUUCCGGAACCGUGUUUUGGUUACACGAUUGGGGCUACUUUGAAAGGCGUCCUCCACCCACCUUCACCCCGAAACAAGUUAGAGGGAAGAGGAGUGCAGCAUCUCGUUUCUCACAGUCUUUAAUAUUUAAUAACAUUACACCGGGAAAAUUUAAGAUCCUGUAUUUUGUACUUCCUUCAAUUUGAAACAACGGUAAAUAACGGUGAUUAUCUUUGGAAAGGAUAUUGAUCCACCUCAUGUAAAGUAUGCUCAGUUCCUUUCCAGUGGUGAGCGGUUCUCACCUUGACCACCACAAUGGAGAUCAGAGAAGACGGGAAGACACAUAAGUUCACUCCAUAGUAGAGGGCACUGCUGGUGUUGGCAGUUUGCUGGAAACCAUGUCUCACUAUACAGAUGAACCCAGAUUUACCAUAGAACAGAUAGAUCUACUUCAGCGCCUUCGGCGUACUGGAAUGACUAAACAUGAAAUUCUGCAUGCCUUGGAAACUCUGGACCGUCUUGACCAAGAGCAUAGUGACAAGUUUGGAAGAAGGUCCAGCUAUGGAGGAAAUUCAUAUGGGAAUAGCACCCACAAUGUUCCAGCAUCUUCCUCCACAGCUACAGCUUCCACACAGACCCAGCAUUCGGGAAUGUCCCCAUCACCGAGCAACAGCUAUGAUACUUCCCCCCAGCCUUGCACUACCAAUCAAAAUGGAAGGGAGAACAAUGAGCGAUUGUCUACAUCCAAUGGGAAGAUGUCACCAACUCGCUACCACGUAAAUAGCAUGGGUCAGAGGUCAUACAGUUUUGAAGCCUCGGAAGAGGACCUAGAUGUAGAUGAUAAAGUGGAAGAAUUAAUGAGGAGGGACAGCAGUGUGAUAAAAGAGGAAAUCAAAGCCUUUCUUGCCAAUCGGAGGAUUUCCCAAGCAGUUGUUGCACAGGUAACAGGUAUCAGCCAGAGCCGGAUCUCUCAUUGGCUGUUGCAGCAGGGAUCAGACCUCAGUGAACAGAAGAAAAGAGCAUUUUACCGAUGGUAUCAACUUGAGAAGACAAACCCUGGGGCGACACUAAGUAUGAGACCAGCACCCAUUCCAAUAGAGGACCCUGAGUGGAGACAAACACCUCCUCCCGUUUCUGCCACACCUGGGACCUUCCGACUACGGCGAGGCAGUCGAUUUACCUGGAGAAAGGAGUGUCUGGCUGUAAUGGAAAGUUACUUCAAUGAGAAUCAGUACCCAGAUGAAGCAAAGCGAGAAGAGAUUGCAAAUGCUUGCAAUGCAGUUAUACAGAAGCCAGGCAAAAAACUGUCCGAUCUGGAACGAGUUACCUCCCUGAAAGUAUAUAAUUGGUUUGCUAACAGACGGAAGGAGAUCAAGAGGAGAGCCAAUAUCGAAGCAGCAAUCCUGGAGAGUCAUGGGAUAGACGUGCAGAGUCCAGGCGGCCAUUCCAACAGCGAUGACGUCGAUGGGAACGACUACUCCGAGCAGGAUACUUGGCAAGAUGACAGCAUGAGCCAUAGUGACCACCAAGACCCCAUCUCGUUAGCUGUGGAAAUGGCAGCAGUCAACCAUACUAUCUUGGCAUUGGCCCGACAAGGAACCAACGAAAUCAAGACAGAGGCCCUGGAUGAUGACUGACAGGGAGGGUUAGACACAAGUUAACUUAGUUUAGACGUAGCACCUUAGCAGACUUUCCUCGGUCCUUAACAUGUGUUCUUACAGUAUAACUUGCAGUUUCUUGUAUGUCAGGUAGCCGUUAGGGUCUUGUUCUGUGAAGAUGGCAUGGUGCCCUCAGCCUUUGCAUAUACUCUCUCAGUAUUAAUUCCCAGUAAAUAAUAACUGACCAACCAAACUUCCCCUCUCAGCCCCCGAGGCUAGAAAAUCUUGCUGCUCCGUCUUAGCAUUCCAAGAAAGUGCUUCCGGGUAUUUAGAUAGCCCUCAGUUCUCACGUAUUAGGCUUUGUGUCAUCUCGGGUACCGUUAGAUACAUGUAACACUAGUCUGUACCUUUCCCUUCCCCGGACUGAUAGGAUGCAAGCUGAGGUAGUGGCACAGGACUGACAGACACCACUGGGGGAGUCUCCAGAGGGAAGGAACACUAGAACGCACCUCAGCCUGAGAAUCACUGAUUUCAGCUGCAAUAAGCCGUGCCUCAUAGUCACACCGUGGCUAGAUUACACUUCUUUGGGUGCUGUGCUGAGAAUGUCCAUGGAAAGCUCGAGCUCACAUUUGUUGGUGUUAACAUGCCUGACACAGACAUCCUUUCCUCUCACAAGCUGUGUGACCUAGUAGGUAAAAUACUGCCUUCUGCCUUUGGGACCAUGAUUCAAGACAGAAAGACAAGUUAUGAGAAAGAAAAAAAUCAGCUUGAGAGCAUUGGAGAAAAAUAUGAGCUGAAUGUCCGAUGAUGAUCAGCCCAGUCCUCAGAACCACUGCACAUUCCGUGGCACACUUAGCUGUGCCUGCCUGGAAAAGUCUUGGAGGCUGCCCUGGUGUCCCCUUUCCCUGCUACCAAAAAAGUCUUUCGAGGAUGGAGCUAAGGUCAAAAAUGAGUGAAAGAGCGCAGCCUUUGUAUCCAUUAGCGGAAGCCCCCUCAGUCUGAGUCCAUGGAGGACUUAGGGGAUUUUGCUGACUUGACUAUCACAGAUGCAAACACUUGCUUAAACAGGAGCAGAAAAAAGCAGGGGACAUUUACCUCUUCCAUGGUGGGUGUGCGAGAUACAACAGGAUGUUGACUGCUUUGUUGUUCCCUUUACUCUGUCCUUGUAGAGGUGUGAAAAGCUAUAUUGCUACAGGCAAUUUAUUUAAUAAUUGGAAGCCAUAUUGAUAAUGGAUGUGGUAAUAUUUGUAAAGUUUAAUCUACUUUAAGCGGCAGUAACUAAUGGAAUUUUUUUCCUUGAUCCACAUAUGUAGCACUUUUGUUACUUUUUAAAGAUAUUUAUAUUUGAUAAAUCUUUUUUUCAUUUUGAGAACUCAAAAUACCAAACAGUGAACUUGCGUUAUAAAGUCACCCUGUGAUCACCUUGUCAUCCAGUAGCAAAAUGAUGAACUAUUCAUGCAUCAAAGAAAAUUACAUCUGCUGGCCUUGUAUGAAAGUGAUCUCUUGGCAUCCGAUUCAGUGAUGCGCUGGCACUGGGCCAGAAGAAACGGCCUUCAGCGUGGAGCGUAGGGUGUGGCGGAAGAGGCACAAGGGCUGCGCGUUUUGUGCCUGGCUCCAUCCCUCCUCUGUCUCGGGAAGCCUCGUUUUAGGGAAAGGCUGGGCGGAGUACCGGGGUUUCUGUCUUUCUGUCCCUGACUGAAAGGGUUUCUGAGGGAGAAGUAAGAUGCCAUCUCCUCGCUGCCUCCCCCGCACCCUCACCAGAUGUGCUUGCCAACCUUGCUUGUCCUCCCCUUGUGGGGAGGCUGACUAUCUGCCAGUUUUCAGCUGGUCUCCGCACUCCAGGCAGCACUGACUCUACCAUUCCCUCAGCUGUAUGUUGUGCUUGUGGAAAUGCGAGGAAUCUUUGCAAGGGCAUGAGUGCUGCCUCCCUGUAUCUGUGAAGUAAGAGUCAAGGCCGGGUCUGGUCCUGCCCCGUCCCUGCAUUUCAGGGGGAGAUGUGUGCAUUUUCCCCGACUUCCAAGAGUUGUGAAAUGGAGCCGUCUUCUCUGUGUUACUGUAUUACUUGAACCAACAAAUUCAAGAGUAGCAUUUGUUAUUCUCAGGAACGAGCCUCCCCAAACUCCUCAUACUCUUUGUUGGACUUCUUCAGUUGUGAGUCUCUUGUCUUUCUUUCCUCUUAUUUUAAUAUCCUUCCAUUUUGGUGGAAUUUUGUCUGCUUUUUCUCAGUUGAAUCAGAAAGAACAUGGAGAGAGGAAAAAAAAUGUAUUCUCUGACAAGCCACAUCCAUGAUUUAUUGUAGUUAGAUUAUUAUAAUUGAUAGCUUCUUUAGGGUGGGAUUCCUAGCGUCAUUUGUUCUUGCUAGUCUUUUUAAAGGAACAGACUCAAACUGCUAAGACAGCUGCAGUUUCUAAAGAAAUCCAGUGAUUGCCACAGAAGAGCUAAAGUGUUUUUUGUUUUAAGACCUCUGAGGAGGAAAAAAGCGUCGGUGAAUAAGGGGGAGUUGGCGUCUGUGCAGCCGCGCUGCCCAGGCUGGCAGUGGCAAGACCGCAGGAGCAGUGCUGCCAGGGAAGGGGCUGGAGGGACGGGGGAGGACGCUCUUUCGCUUUCUCACGAGGUGUGAGAAUGAGUGUCUUUGGGGUCGAGAUUUAAAUCUCCCUUCAGUUUUUUGUUGUCACUGGGAUUGGUUCUACUCUCUCUUGUCCAGACCACCUUAGUUCUUAUAAUGGCAAAUCUAGCAGCCACUAUUUCAGAUGGAAAAUCUUUUCCCUGAGCCUUUUGGGUUUUAGGUGUAGUAUUAAGAUAGAAAUCCUGGGCCAAAGAUUUAGCUCAAUGGUGCCGCCACCUGCCUCGAAGGCGCAAGGUCCGGAGUUCGAUCCCUGGUACCAAAAAAAAAAAAAACAAAACAAAAAAGCAAAACAAGAAAUCCUCAAGUGCUCUAUCGCCGAAAGGAAAAGCCAGACUCUUCAAAGUCACAUCCCAUGCUGCUUGGUGGCUCUGAACGUGUUCUUCUUGCUGUCCUCCUUCAGGCCCCAGAAGACUCUUGGAGCCUUGUUCGUUUCUAGUCAAGGAAGAUUUUUUUAAAGUGUGGGGUCUAUUUGUGUAAUUAAUUCAUCUGUUGUUUUUAUUUAGAUACUGUAACUGAAUUACUGUGGUCAGAUGGGUAAGCAUCCCACCUGCCCCUCUCGCAGAGGCACCCUGAGAUAGGCUAUCUAAGCAGACUUCCACCCGCAUGUGGCCAGGGCACAGAAGCAGGCAGGCAACACAGCAAGUACACGACGCUGAGACCUUCUCAUGCCACUGAGUACCACACAGACCUGCUUCAUUUAGGCAGAGCUGGUAAUUUGGGGUACCCGUCGGGCAGAUUUCCUCAGUCUCAGGUCUUUCGGUGGCCCUUCACAGGAAAAGGGAACCUGGGACAGGGAGCCAGAGAGCCCCCACUCAGGUACCUUUCCCCCAGCUGCAGAGGUGAGGAAGAAGCUCGUUUGUACUAAAGUAUGCAAACCCGGUAUCCCAGUUCAUGGCAGAUUCAUGAUACGGUAGCAUCUGUCUUAGUGCUGGUGUCUGGAUAGAUUCUUACCUCAAAGGGGAUAACUCAUGAAGAACUUACUGAUAGGUGUUUCAGCUCUCGCUCUUUUGGCCUUCAUCAUCAAGAACUAAGAACUUGUUAGAAACUUGCUCCUGGGUACCCAACAUUAGUCACCCAGUAUAAUAGACUCAUUCAGUCAGAAGUCUCCUGUCACUCCCUCUCCAUCUCUCAACAGUUCCUCUUUGUUUUCUCUCUGUUUCACCAUUAUGUUGUGGUCUUGAGUUGACUUUGCUGGAGUGUUUUAUCUUCUGGCAGCAGGCAGGUGCCGCUCAGUAGCGCCCCCUUCGGCAGUCUGGGAACACGACACGCUGUUGAGAGAGGCAUGGCUCCAGUCCCGAGUGAGCCACUCAUCUCUGCCUGCAGCCGUGAGAAUAACCCCUUCUUCCCAAAUGAUGGCACCCUAAGAAUGUGAACUUCAAGCCUCGCCCUCUCUCUGGUUUUCAGAAGGAUUUAGUUAGAAGAGUCUUCCCAUUUAACUUGUGGCUCUGCCCUUUAAAGAUGCUUUUUAUGUUUUGUUCAGAGAACAGCCAGAGUAUUUUUCCCUGUCUCAACAGAUUCGUAGGCAAUAAUUUUUCUUGUGGUCGAUGCUCUUGUGCUCAGUAGCACCCCCUCUUCAUUGACUAGUCCUGCUCUCCUAUGGUGUGCAUUGGUUUCUGUGUUCAUCUCUGUGAUUUAAAUCUUAGGCUAGAGUGGCGAUGGAUUGUGUCGUUUUGUUGUUGUGAUUAUCGGUAAUGUUUCACUACUGGGUUCCAAAUCCAUUUAUAGCUUUACUGAGCCAGAUUUAUUUGUUGGGCACACUGUGGUUUGGGGGUGCGGGCUGGGGUUUUGUGGGGCAGGGGAGGUGUUGCUCAUACCGCGUUCCUUCCUGUGUGUUCUUUAGAUAGCAGAUGUUACUCAGGACUUGGGGAUCAGCUGUCGGCCAUACCGAAUUUGGCAAACUGAGCUGUGUGCCCCGAAACCCUCCUACUGUCUCAUUUCCAGCAUCCGGCUCACGUUACCCAGAGCCACUGAGUUGUCCACAGUGAAGACGGUGCCCCUCCUAAGAGCAGGAGGCUUUCCCGGAGACAGGCAGCGGGGUCAGCACGUCUGGGCACCCUGCGUGCAGGUGAGCCUCUGGGCUCACAGAUGCCUGUCACCACAGAUUUCCUUACGCUCCCAAGAAGCAGCAGGAAGGGCUCCGCAGGCCUCUCGGGUACCCUUUCUUUGCGAACCACAAGUGAGAAGUGCCUGCUCUUGUGUCUCACGGACCACGCCUGUUAGGUCUGAGUCCUCUCUCAGAAAUACGACUUUGCAUCUUCGCACCUUCAAAGGCUGCAAGUUUAUAAACGGAGUGAUUUCCAUGUGGCCUUCAUUACUCUUGAUAGGGAUGAGAAAUAGCGAAAGGAAAGAUAAGCCUGAGAAAUCCAGUUUCCUGCAGCGCUAGAUUUCUUUUGGGGUCAGGAAAGGAAGGGACAUAGGCGAGAGCCUGUGAGGCUGCACCCAGUACUCAUCUUGCCAGCACAGAUGCCUUGGCGUCACCAGUGUCCACCCUUUUUUUUUUUUUUCAAUCAUUCUUGACCUUUGGGUAGAACUGAAUCAAGGUCUCCAUUCAGGUGACACCCGCCUGGCACUUUUAAACUACUUGACAGUUUACUGGGCACAUUCCAGGACCUGUGAGCAGGGAGCCCAGCCGCUGUCCUCUGCUGACGUCCCGUCUCCGCUUGGUGUCUGUCCAUCGGUCCUCAGUAUCCGCACCGCACUGUGCGGGGCGUCGGGCAGCAGGUGGCGCGUGCACGUGCAGCCCUGCCGAGCUCCUGGGAGGCUGGCUCCCCUGACUCCAUUUUCAUCUUCUCUUUUAAAUAAGACUGGCUGCAUACAGCCAUAAUUAACUCACAAAUUCACAUUGGUUUGCUGCGAUCAAAUGGAGGUUUGGCUGAAUCUUUUCAAAUUGUAACCAUGGUAAUUGAGGGGGGUGGCACAGAAUGAAUAUAUAAAAAUAUAAUGGCAAUUGUUCUGAAUGACUGAGUGUCCUCCUGACAUGUAAUUAGCUGUUUUAGCAGGAUGUAGAUUGGCAUGGUCAUAAUUAAGAGGAUUUCUGUCCUUUAUGUGAUUGAAAAUAGCAGAGCUCCCAUCCCUUGUUCCCUUUUAGCACUAAUGCUCCCAAGAACAUUUGGAACAGCGACUCAGUAAACUAAAAUAAUGACAUAGUAUUCAUGUUCUCCCGAAGUGAAAGAGAAGGAUCUGGAGUUAUUUCAGCCCCAAAAUGGAAGCUUUGAUUAUUGUUCUCCAUGUGACUGACUUCUGAGUUCUUUGAGGCCUCUCUCACAGCAGCUCAGCCUGUUCCACCUUGGGCAGGCACCAGGCAGCCUCCACGGAGGCCCCCGCCCUCUGUCCCUCGAGCUGGCCUCACACGGCCACAUCUUCUCAGCUUGCACCUAGUGUCCUCAGAGUUCCCCUGAGUCACUUGACAUCUCCAUUGCUGUCACCAUUCAAACGCACUCACCAAAUGGAAGUUUACGGAAGUUGCAUAGUGUUUUCCUCAUUGGCUCUUAAGCUGCAGAGCAGACAGCCCAACAAGGACCCAGAAGGGUGGACACUGGCGCCUGCAGUCUGCCAUCGUCACUGAAGCAAAAGGACGCGUGCAAGUGCCCCGUCUCGCUCACACCUCUCUUACCUGGCAGGUGCCACCCUUGUGCCAUUGUGCUGUGUCCUAGUGCUCAGAGCACUCUUCUCUCUUCUCCCUGGCCUCCCUGCUCUUGCCCAGACCGGCCCAUCCUGUGUCCUGCAGUCUCCUGGCCACAGCUGCUGCUCUUCUCCUCCCUGAGGUGGCCUUGGUGGGAGUACUUAGUCACUGGCUAGCCUUCCUCUAGAACAGGCUGGGGUGCUGUUCUGUCUCCCCAUCCCUCUCUGGAGCCUUCGUCCGGUUGCGUGUGUCAGCAGGAAGUGGCCAGUCGUGCUGGGCAGUCGUGCUGGGCGAGCUGGGGUCCGAAAGCUCUGCCCUUUCCUGGGCUGCACUUUCAGGACUGCUCAGCAGCUGUUGAGGACAGUACAGCUCUGGCUUUUGUUCUUAUUUUGCCACUUGCCCUUGUACAGACCUUUGCCUUCUGCAUCAGCAGGAACCCUAGCCUGCCAGAAUCGCUGCUUAAAAUUCCUUCUCUGCUGAGACGGCUCCUUGUUUGUAAGUGUCCUCCUCCACCUCCAGACACAGAGAGCGGGAGAGUGUUUCUGGCCUUGGCUUCUUUUAGUUCUGUUCCUCUCCAAAUACCUGUAGUGGAAUAGCGGUUGGUUCAGGGAAAGACCCUGUGUCCCCCAGUGCCGCUCUCCUACAGGCCACCUAUCUGGGUUAGAGACUGAGAACAGAGUGGAUGAGCUGCCCUGGUGGCUGUGAGACAUCUGUGAAGAAGCCAGCGGGACAUUCCCACGGUCUGCCCACACCCAGAGGACACUGCUUGUCUGCCACCUCGGCUCAAAGUGCCGAAUGUGCUGCCAUGAAGUAGAGUUGUGGGGAGAAAACACCAGAAGCAAGUUUUAAUGCCAUUCUAAAUCAGUGUUGCCGAGGACCAGCGUGCAGCCCUCCUGAGCUCACGGGGCAGCAGCUGCUGCAGAUGUCGCGUGCGUAUGUGGAUGGGUGCUGUGCUGCCUCCCUGGUCCUCCCGGUCAGAUCCACUGUAGCCGCAUCAGGCCCAGCAGCAUCCAGCACCCCUUCACCUUGGCCGAAGGCAGCCUGCCCACUGUUGCUCCCUGGAAGGCACCGCCUGGCCUGGCGUGCUGGCACCUGCUCGCACUGAAGUCCUGGGGGAGCUGGAUGAGGACCGAGACCCCACAGCCUGGCUUUGUCCAGGGUCCUCCGGGGUCUUCCUGCUUGGUGAGCAAGGUGACAGUAUAGGGAGAGAUGCCCGGCCGUGUCAGGACGCAGGAGAACCACAGGUGGCAGUUACCCGUCCAGGGCCGAGGGGGUCAGUCUCACCUGCACCCCCCGAUUGCAGCCCUGGUAGUGAAGUGAGAAGCAGGGAACAGUUCCUGUCGCUGGCUUAGGUGCCAGCUUGUUCUGAGUGUUCUGCUGCUCCCUCCCGCUCCACAGCGGGGAAGAUGGCCAGGCGGGCUGCUGUGGGAACAGGAGGCUCUGGUGCCCUGGAGCUGUGUCAGCGCCAACCCUGCUGUGGCUGCUUCUGCUCCUUGUCCUGAGCCUUCUCUGGCCCACAGGAGCAGCUGAAUGACUGAGAAUCCAGAUGUCGGUCCAGCCUAGGAACUUCUAGUGCCCAAAGUCCAGGAUGGAGCAGGCUGCCUGGGAUGCGGCUGGUCCCUGCCUCGCUCAGGCUAGGUGACUUUUUAGUCAGGGACAUUGGACAAGGGACAGAAGCUCCAAGCCGACCUGAAGAUCUAAGAAAUUGCUACCCCUCCUUUUCUAGCUGUUCCUUUUAUUGUAAAAGGUUUUCCAGGAGUUGGUUCUGUUGAAUUCCCCAUCUCCCCUCCGUCCUUGACAGGUGUCCUUGAAGUACAAGAAAGGAACAGCCACAGCUUUGGAUGAUGGUUCCAGUGAGGGAGCCCACCCUGGGGCUGCUUAGGGUCGCAGGUGCACUGGGACCCAGCCCCGUCUGCAGGGGAGCGGUACCGUGCCUUUCCCGCCGGCCCCUGCACCUCGGCCAGCCGCUGUGGAGACCAGAGUGGGGCACAGCCUGCAGGCUCCCUGGCAGAGGCGGCUCUCGGACUCGCUCAAGGUUCAGCCUCCCGUUAGGGUGUCUUCUUCCCAGCACUUCCAGGCUGAGUCUUACUGUUUGGUGUUUGGCUUCCUUGGAGCACAGAAAGCUUUCUUGUUUUUGCUUUACUGGAAGCAUAGACCUGUGAGGGUCACUUUCCACUUCACCGUUCACUGAAGCUAGCUAUUAAACUGGAAAACAAGAACAUGAAUGCCCUUAACGUAAACAGCUACCCCAGCUCUCUGGCGUUUCGGCCACCACGCCACCGGGGCAUCACAGUAGGUGGAGAGGAAGCUCCUCAUUCCGAUUGGCCUUGAGGCCGCUCUCCUGUACUGGAAAGGGUGACCCGCACCUCAUGCCUCUCUGAGAAGGGGCACCAAGGGAACAAGACCAAAGCUGGCGGGGCGGGGUGGGGCGGGGCGCUCUUUCCGAGCCUCGGAAGUGCUGGCAAGGCUCCUCCUUUACACUGAUUUUCCCGAACCUCCCUGUCAUUCCCUUGUGCUGAGUGUGACAGCACGUGGGUGGCACCUGCACCUCCUGCGACCCUGAGCACACCUAGGGCCCAGCCUGGCUGAGGCGGAUGUGCUCCUCGCUGGGAGAUGCGGAGGAGAGGGCCCGCUCCCCUGGCAGAGCCCACAGCCUUCUCCUACCGGGCGGUCAGGUGGAGAGCGGUACCUUUCCGGGAUGAAUUCUUGUUUAUGUUCAAGUGCCUAAGCGAGUUGCAGACCUCUGGAUCCUGCCAGUUAGCUGUGCCCUGCCCCAGCCUUCCCACC